UGCUUGCGGGGCAGUCAGCCAUUCUGACAUUCCUUCACCGCCCAUGCUGGCCCGUUAGGUCCUUGCCUCAAGUCCGUCGAGCUAAUCUCCACUUCUUUCUCGCCAGCCUGCAAUGACGCCCACGUUGCACAUUCGCGACGCGGCAUUGACCGUCGUGUGUGCCGCGCAUCACCCCCAGCGGCCCCUCCAUGCGCGCGUCGCCCCACGCCCACCACACCUUCUCUCGCGCCUACCAUUCCCCUCGCUGCGCCUCCUCCCAUACCGCGACUCGCGCCGUUUUCCAGCGCGCAUGGCCCCUUCUUCUCCCGCCGCCUCCCCAUCAACCCCUCUGCGCCCCCCCACGCCGCGCCAGGCGAGCGGCGGUGCCCGUCGCUGCGACCACGCCGGGCGGGCAGGGCUCCGUGGCGGUCGGCUCGUUCCGCGCGGGCCAGAAGCGCGCGGAGGUGCGCCUGCCCGCGCUGCUUCUGGCGCUGACCAGCGCGGACGUCCUGCGCGGAGGGGCGCCGGGCAGGAGGCGGUGGACGCGGCGGUGGCGGCGGGCGCGAGCAUGGUGGUGGUGGGGGACGAGGGCGCGGGCGGCGCGGGCAUGGAGCU